CCCUCCCCUGUCCUCUCCUCCUCACCGCGCGGAGAUCGACGCGCACAGGCACAACAGAUGGUACAGUACUACAGACUGCAGGAGCGCAAGAAUCUGAUGCACAACUACUUUUAUAUCUGUAAACUUCACAGGAACGUUUAGUAUAUUAGGAGUAGGGGGGGGUUCUCCGAGGACAAACUCGACUUUGACAGUCUCUGGAUCCUACGUUUAGAGGCGGAAUUUGGUGUACGGGUCAGCAGUGGCCAUGCCAUUUGGCUGUUUAACAAUUGGGGAGAAGAAGGAUUAUAACAAUCCUUCGGACGUGACAGAUAAAUAUGACCUGGGUCAGAUUGUUAAAUCGGAGGAGUUCUGUGAGAUAUUCAGGGCCAAAGACAAAACUACGAUGAAAAUGUACACGUGUAAAAAGUUCCUGAAAAAGGAUGGAAGGAAAGUCCGCAAGGCUGCGAAAAAUGAGAUCCUCAUCUUAAAGAUGGUGAAGCAUCCCAAUAUUCUCCAAAUGGUGGACGUCUUUGAGACCAAAAAGGAGUACUUCCUCUUCCUUGAACUUGCAACAGGCAGAGAGGUGUUUGACUGGAUCCUGGACCAAGGCUACUACUCAGAGAGAGACACCAGCAACGUGGUGCGCCAGGUGUUGGAGGCUGUUGCCUACCUCCACUCCCUGCAUAUUGUUCACAGAAACCUCAAGUUGGAGAACUUGGUUUAUUACAACCGCCUGAAGCACUCUAAAAUAGUCAUCAGCGACUUCCAUCUUGCCAAGCUGGAGAACGGACUAAUCAAAGACCCCUGUGGGACACCGGAGUACCUGGCUCCAGAGGUGGUUGGCAGACAGCGAUAUGGCAGGCCUGUGGACUGCUGGGCAACAGGUGUCAUCAUGUACAUACUGCUGUCAGGCAACCCUCCUUUCUACGAUGAAACCGAUGACGAUGACUAUGAAAACCAUGACAAGAACCUGUUUCGAAAGAUCCUGGCAGGAGAUUAUGAGUUUGACUCUCCGUACUGGGAUGAGAUCUCUGAUUCAGCUAAGAGUCUGGUUGCUCGUCUGAUGGAGGUGGAUCAAGACCAGAGACUGACAGCUCAGGAGGCUAUAAACCAUGAAUGGAUCUCUGGCGGUGCAGCUUCAGAUAAGAACAUCAAGGAAAAUGUGUGUGCACAAAUAGAGAAGAACUUUGCCAGAGCUAAAUGGAAGAAAGCUGUGCGGGUCACCACCAUCAUGAAGAGACUGAGAGCACCUGAGCAGAGUGACUCGAGGGCAACCAGCCCUGCAGCCGGUGCCCCAGCAGACACCGCAGCUCCCCAGGCUGCCAAUGACCCCUCUGCACCUUCUUCUGCCGCAACACCCGAGGGAGCGCCCGCUGUCGUCACAGAGCUCCCCGCUGGAGCGGAGAUAGGCCAACUGGUGCCCGAGGACGGAGCCGGGGUGGCAGCUUUGGCCGCUGAGCCACAGCAGCCAAGCCCGGCGCUGCAGGAGGCUGAGCCCACAUCGCGCUGUAAUGGAGAAGCUUCAACUGCUCUCCACGCAGCCACCAAUGCUGGGGACGAGCAGGGUUAGACCCCCCCCCCCCAACCCUUCCCUGUGUGACCUCUGCAGUCCCCACCAACUCCUGCACACUGUACAUUAGCUGCUAGCAUGGUGACACUGACUCUGCUUCUCUCUCACUUGCAGCAUUAGUAUCAUCUCAUGGAGGCUGUGUGCUACCUUUUCCUGAGUGCUGCGUUGGCUUUCUUUUUACUUGUAUUGUGUUUUUUCACUGACCCUCCGGUGUUUUAUGUCAGAUAAUAUAAACCAUGUCUAUCACCGCACACUUCAGUUUUAGGGGCAAAAACAGAUUUGCUGUCAAACUGUGGCUUACAGCUAAAGUCUUCUUUCUGAUUCUUCUCUUAGUGAUAAGAGAAUAUAUGAAGACAUAAUUGUGCUGAAAACGGCUUUGAUUUCUUUUUAAUGAGCCAACUUGGGAAACUUCUUUCUGCCAUUCCUGCAAUUACAGUAUUUGUUCUUUAAAUCAUUAGAAAAGUUUUGCUCCUGAAAUUUUGACCUUGUACCGUAAUACUCAGUAAGUGCUGGUCCACACACGGAGAAGAUCACCUAUUCCUCUCACAGGGAGAAUAUGGUUAUCUUUCUGAUCUGUUAUUGUCUACACUAAGCAGGUAUUGUGCAUUAAACAAUGCUGAGAUUGGUGACUGGGAGUUAUUAUGCCCAGUGCUGUAUUUUGAACAAGGCAGCUUCACACAUAAGCACACACACAAACACUAUGUUCCUUUGCUAACUUCCUGCUCAGGAAAGAACCUCAUAGCUGUAAGUGUAAAGAUUCUGUAUAUAGAGACCUUUGUAGAAGUAGCCAAAACAGCAUGCAUUCUCACUUUCUGCUGUUCCUUUUACAUUUACAGCCACUUGGUGGAUAAAGAUGCGCUACUGCCAACCUCGUUUAAUCGUAGGCCACAGCACCCUCGCCUCUUGCCACAAGCCUUGUCCAGGCUAAUGUUCUUUUCAAAAGCACACUAUACAUUAUGCUGUCUAUAACUACUGUUCAUUUAGUGCCCCUUAGCAUCAGUGUAAGUCAUAUGAUUAAUGUCUUCAUUACAUAGCAGUUCUAUGCAUCCAAAUUAAUUUGUAGCUUUCUUUUUUAGAAACGUCACUUCUUAAUCCAUUACGUGACAGAAAUUGUUUUGUUUUCUUGCUAGAUCUCAGUCUCCUUGUAUCUACUUUGGUUUACUUGUGUCCUCUGUGUAAGGAUAUUGACUCAGAUGCCAUAUAUGUCUUAAUAUUUGGUUGUAAACUGUAAAACAAAAUGUGCAUUAACUGACCACAUGCGGCUUUUAAAGGAAGACAUGCAUCAUUUUGACUUUGUAGUAACUAGAGUCACCUUUGCCAACUCAGCUUUGCUGACCUGUAUUGUACUGAAAAAAAUUGUAUGAAGCAUAUGUUUAACAUUUCUCAACUUAAUGUUUAUUUAUUUAGAUUUUGUAUUUUUCUUUUUUUUUUUAAAUCUUUUUGCCUUGUUUUUUUUGUUGUUGAUUGUUUUUCAACUCUUUAAGUCAUUUGUUUAUUCCAUAGAUUUUUCAGCUUAUACUUGACUAAACAGUAAUAACAAUCUAUCCUUUCCAGCCACUGGUCCCCUCGAGCAUUAAUAAUGAGCUACAGAAGGAGUUCUCUGUAAUCACUCUAGAGGAAAUUGAGCAAUAUUCGACUGGCUGCAGAAACUGUGAUUCCUGGUGUCCUUUCGAUACAGUCCAUGUACCUGUGAGUAGAAGUCUAUAGUCCUUGCCAACUGUCAGGCCCAUCAGGGCCACUUAACUAACACAAGGCUGCUGUCAGAUAAGUGGGUGUGGGGGAGGACGAAUAAGACCAUAUUUGCUCCUUUGGCCUGUGAGUGCCCACAUGAUUUCCUGUGCUAACACACACUGAACCAUUCCCUGGUCACAUAAAGACAGCAGUAACAUUGGCAGUACGAUUAUUAGAUAAUAUGAAUAAAGUAUAAUAUGUUAUGGCUCGUGCACAGCCACUUUGUCUGACUCUACCUAGUCUGUUGUCAAGAGUAUUUACUGUGAACACCUGUGAAUUUAUAUGAAAAUGUGCAUUUCCGAUAAAAAUGGGCUCCGGAGGAAACUGAUCAUAUUAUUAUUCGUAUAAGUUUGACUUUGUUGCUGCAGAGUCUUUUAUUUAUACAUGUAUCUUCAUUUAAUUUGCGCUACGAUAGAUUCGUAGACACACCGAUCAUUCAGAGUAUACCAUUAUAUUAUUUCUUACAUUGUUUAAGAUAAAUAUUUAGAUUUUAACGAGAGGCUUAAACAGAUGAGAGAUUUUUUAUGUGAAUAGAUUAUUUAAUGUAGUCCGUUCUCUUUGUUUAGAUGGCAAAUAAAUACUGUUUAAAUACUGUUACACAGUUUAAAGCAAUGCUUUUUUCCAAUACAUUUCUCACUGUAUUUAGUAUUCCAUGUCUGUUCAUUUUGCCAUGCACUUACAGGUGUACUUGUAGAUGUGAUGUUUGCCAGGACCAGUGGUCACCUGUAGGUCCUGUCUUGCAUUUGUGAGCUCUGUACUGUACUCCUUGACUGAGUUGAUGACUUUGAUGGUAAUAAAAUUCUAAUUCAUCUGUU